GACUUUGAUGAUGUCAUGUUGAUCGCGCAAGUAAAUCACAAGAAUUAGGAACUAAUCUAGUUUGUUGCUCGUCAAGUACCAGAUGAAUCACUCUCUUACCGUUUUUAAACAGCUAAAACGUCUCCCCGGCUUACGUUAUUUGGCAAUAGGUCUGUUCGAUAAUGAAAAGCUUGUUGUGACACACAAAAGCGCCGGUGUUGACGUUGAUUUGGUUAAUUAUAAUACACCUGGAGUUUAUUUUGCAGCUUAUAAUCAAGAUGGAUUUGUUUUAAACACUGGUACCAAAGUGGUUGGACCAUGUGUUGCUUUCCCUCAAUUCGCUCUUAGCUGGAAUGUGAAAGAUGCUUUGGAUAUUUCAGAAGAGUCCUUAUCUUUACUUUUCAUGCUGGAGCCUCCACUUGAGGUUCUUAUAAUUGGUAAAGGAGAAACAAAAAGUCCAGUUGAUUACCGUAAAAUACUGAAAAUAUGCUGGGAACAUCGUCUACCUGUUGAGGUUAUGCCAACACAUCAUGCAAUAGGAACGUUUAAUUUUUUAAAUUCAGAAGGUCGAUAUGUUGCUGCCGCGGUUAUUCCACCACGUCGUUUAGAUAUCUAUGAUGAAGCUGAUCAAAAAGCUCGUCAUUUAUUAUUAGAAAGAGAAAAUCAAGAAUCAAUUGAUGAAACACAAUUAUUGAAUUCAAAUAAUUCAACUAAAUUGCUGCUGAAAUCUAAUGAUUUUAAAGGAGAAAUUACUGUUUCACGUUCACCAUUGAUAGGUUCCGGUAAGCUCGAGUCAUCGUCAUCCACUUCAUUGCCUUCUGGUAGUAAAGAAGAAACAUGAAUGUAUUCAAAUUUCAAUGUUUGUAUAUAUGUAUAACUAGACAUAAAUCCUGUUGUUUUCUCUGUUUUGCAUAAUAAACACGUAGA